AUGACCCAACUUGCUGCCAUUUAGUCACACAGGACAUAACUUUGUUACCAACAGAAACAGUAGCCUGAGGGAGAGAGAACAGUGUUACGGAAAAUGUACAGUGACUCAAAGAAGAAAUUGCCCAACACGCCCACCCACAGUUUCUCAGCCUAUAUAGCAGCUGGACUCCAGUGCAGACAUGCAACAAGGAAGGAUGAGGUCUACCAGUCUGUGCAUUUUACUGAGCCUGGCAGUGGCAGUUUACUGUGAGCCAGUAUCAGAAGUUACUGUGCAAGAUGAAGGCUUUGCAGAGAGCUACCUGAAGAAAUUCUUCAACCUGACAGAGGAAAGAGGUCCAUCAUCCAGACGGGGGAUCAGCCCGGUGAAAAAGAAGCUGUCUGAGAUGCAGAGAUUCUAUGGUCUCCAGAUCACCGGGGCGCUGGACACUGACACCAUUGCCAUGAUGAAGAAGCCCCGCUGUGGCGUUCCAGAUGGCAACAUUGCCCGUUUCUCCACGUUUGGAAGCAACCUCAAGUGGGAGGAAAAAAGCCUUACCUACAGGAUUGAAAACUACACACCUGACAUGUCCACAUCAGAGGUGAAUGACUCCAUAGAGAAAGCGUUGGAGGUUUGGGCAAAAGUCACUCCCCUGAGGUUUACAAGAGUCUACACUGGCACCGCUGACAUCAUGAUCUCCUUUGGGCGCCAAUCUCAUGGAGAUUAUUACCCCUUUGAUGGCCGUGAUGGCACUCUUGCUCAUGCAUUCGCCCCAGCUCCUGGCAUCGGAGGAGAUGCUCAUUUUGAUGAUGAUGAGACCUUCACCUUCCGCUCCAACGCAGGCUACGUCCUCUUUAUGGUUGCGGCCCAUGAGUUUGGCCACUCCCUGGGCUUGUCUCACUCUGAUGAUCCUGGUGCGCUCAUGUACCCUGUGUACACUUACCGAAACCCUGACACCUUCGUUCUGCCACGGGAUGAUGUGAAUGGCAUCCAGUCCUUGUAUGGGCCAAAUCUUGUUAAGGAUCCCUCUGUAGUUGAGCCUCCUGCCCCCAUCACCCCUGAUGCAUGUGAUUCAACCAUGGUCUUGGAUGCUGUCACCACCCUGCGAGGAGAGAUGUUCUUCUUCAAAGACAGUUUCUUCUGGCGCAGCUACCCUCAGAGCAGGAGCCCUCAGCAAAGCCUCAUCACAAACUUCUGGCCCAGUGCCCCUGUCAAUAUUGAUGCUGCUUAUGAGAGCCAGCAGUCAGACAGAAUAUUUUUCUUUAAAGGUCGCAAAGUGUGGGCCUUCAGAGGCUAUAAUCCAAUGCGAGGCUAUCCUAAAAGACUUACAAGUUUUGGUCUUCCAAAAACCGUGAAGAAAAUCGAUGCUGCUCUUUAUGACGUACAAUCUGGCAAAACUCUACUCUUUGCUGGCAUCUAUUACUUCAGUUAUGAUGAUGCCAGGCAGACUUUGGACCAGGGAUUACCCAAACGUAUUGAUCGGACCUUCUCUGGACUGAACAAAAAGGUGACUGCAGCCUUCCAGUACAGAGGCUUUACUUACAUCUACAGUGGACCCUACAUGUUUGAGUAUGACCUGAGGACUGGGAGGUUGUUCCGUGUGUUGAGGAACAGCUACUUCUUGCGCUGCACUAACUACUAGUGUUUGACCAUCUACAUCAUAAGCUGUUUGUACUCGAAUGAGAGUGAAUAUAUGACUUAGUGUUAAAACGGUACACCAUAUUUAUUUCUUCUAUUUUCAAUAUUAUAUUUUAGAUAAUUAAAUAAAAUAAUUCAGCUCUGUAAACCUAUACAAAGUGAUUAUAAAUAAAGUUGGAUGUUAUUUUCAAA